GGUGCUGAGUCAGUCACACGGGGCGACACGGCCGCGGCAGGUCCCUUCAGUCAGACACAGCGCGACGCCCGCACUAGCACCGGGCUCCACACCGCCGCCAUGGAGUGCGACAUCUGCCUCGAAGACUACAACCAGGCGGAGCGCGUGCCCAAGAUGGUGCCGUGCGGGCACACCGUGUGCCUGCUGUGCCUCCAGCGGAGCGUCAGCAGGCAGUGCCCGACGUGCCGCAGGGUAGUCGAUGGCCCACCGGAUGCACUUCCAAACAACUUCACUCUCCUACGGCUAAUAGAGGACCCAGCGCACAGCGUCAGACCUCUCCGCGGCUGGUGCUCGGACUGCCGCGCCACCACCUCGCCCCGCUGCUGGGACGAGGAGCACGACAUCCUGCCCGAGAAGAAGGCGCUGAGGCGCUACCUGCAGGGCGCGCUGCAAAAGGCGGCUGGGCAGCUGGAAGCUGUGGAGGACCUGUGCCAGGGCGAGCAGGUCGAUCAUGCCCUCACCCUGCUCAGUGCAGAAUCCUGGAACCUGACGCUGCAGGGCGGGGGCCACGAGCUGACGGGCACCGUGGGGAACACGGAGGACCCCCUCACACAGCUCAUGUGGCUGCUCCUGGCCGCGAAGGCCACGCUCAGCAAGAGUCGAGUUCAGACGCUCCCGCCCACCUCUGCGAGCCCUCCGCCCGCAGCCGCGGGCUCACCACCUCCAGGGACGCAGGGUCCACCGCCAGCCGCUGCGAGCCCUCCGCCUGCAGCCCCGAGCCCGAGACCGCUGCGUCCAGAGGCGCAGCCGCUGCGCGAGAUGACAGUGUAUGAAAUCAGCCUCAACGGACCGAACAAGCAGAAGAAGGAGAAGGCAGCCCUUCUUGCAAAAGCGCCGGGGGUCACCCGGCUGCUCGAUGUUUCGUGCCACAAGGACUCUGCCUGGAGCCUCCAGCUGCUGCAGCGCGUCGCACCCUCCAUAGAGGAGCUGGCUAUAGUCUACCCGCGCGAGCCGCACCUGCGCGCGUUGCACGCCAUGCCGCGGCUGAGGAGGCUGCAGGUGUCGGGCGGUGACGCCGCCAUGCGCGCCCAGCCCCCCGAGCUGCCCGCGCUCCCGCCGGGGCACGCCGGCCUGCAGUGGCUCCGGGUGAUCCAGCUGCCCCGAGCCACGACACAGUCCCUGCUGCGGGCGCACGGCCGCUCGCUGGAGGAGCUGCAGCUGCUGGUGGGCACGGCGGGGCGUGACGGGCGUGACGGCUGGCCCGUCUGCUGCGGGGACCUGCCCUCGCUGCUGCAGCAGAGCGGGCUGCAGGCGCUCAAGAGGCUCGUGCUGCGCAGGUUCGUCACGGGGCACGAGCCGGCCGCCUGCAGCGAGCAGCGCGCCGAGGUCAGGCCCGUGUUGCCCGGGGUCGAGGUGCUGUGCGGCUGGUGUGACCGCGUGAGGCUGGAAGAGUUCUAGGAGGUUCUCGUCUACCAACGGGAAUGGGGGUCAAGUCGGCUAGGUAGACGCACAAAGAAAGUUGUUUGGGGUGUUUCGGGAGGGUAAUUUCAAAAUAAACGAAACUGAAAAUGA